GUUAACUCAACCACUUUGGGGUGAAAAAGGGGCAGAUUAGAUGGUUCAGAUUCCCAGCGCCUGCUACUGUACUGUGUCCAUACUCCGGGCGGUGCUGAAGGACCGAGUCCAGGAACAGGGUAUGAGUGUGCAAGACGGAUAGAAGGGAAUACGGUUUUUCAUACAGUGAAAUAAUACAAAGAGGGGCAAAAGGAAUCGAUCCGUAUAGCUUCGCCCUCUAUGUAUUGAAUGAUGCGCUCAUCUCGCAGAGAAGAUUCCUGUGCUCUUUCUUUUUCCCCCUCUUCUUUCUCUCCUGAUAUUGUCCCUUUCCUUGCGCUCUAUGAGGGGAAUUAAUUUAUCCUUCCAUCCAAUCCCAUUCAAAAGGGGGACAGAAGAAAAAGCAGAGGGAGAUGAGAGCUGCAAAUCCCUUUUUUAUUCCUCUUGUUGCGCUCAAUAAGUGAAGAAUGUGUCGCCUAUCAGUCAUCGAGGGGAUCAAGUCUGCGGGACUGUCCCACGCGCUCAAUGGGCUCCGCAGAGCAUCACUUGUACAGACAGGAGUGAGGAGGACAGCAGUAGCAACUUCCCUGUGAGGACACCGCAGCAUCCGCACGAGACUCAAGAUUGCUUUAUCUUUCUUCAGCGGCUUUUAAAAAAACAUUUUUUAUAUGCAAUUCGAAAUUUUCGUCCGUGCUUUUGAUGAUUCGUUUCAUUCUGUUUUUAAUUGGGAAUUUGGCGUUGAGGCUGCGCGGGGGGCUACCUGUUCGAGAAUUAUGUGUUUAUAGGACGCGGAGGAAAUUGUUUAUGGAUGUGUAUUUAUUAUUUCAUACAUUCUGCCAGACAAGAGAUGUUGGCACACUGAAGUGAGAGGGAAGUUAAAAAAAAACGAAACAGGAGCUGGACGAAGCACUUGCUUGCUUGUUAGACCCGGACUGCUAUAGAAAAAAUGUGUCCGCAAAUAUAUUAAUACAAACAAGAAUAUAAAAAGAACCCGAAUCGAAGGGGAAACAUCACUUGAGAAGAAAACAAUAUAAAAUACAUUACAAACGUGCUCAUCUACGGGUAUUAAGCUACCGCAUGCAUCCGUUUUGUUAGUUUGUUUAUUUGUUUUUUUUGUUUUUGUUUUGUGUAUUAGACCCCGAAAGAACAGUAAUUUAAUUCACAUUUUUGUUAUCCAAAAGAAUAUUUAAAAGGCGGAGCUCAAUUUUAUUUUUCUGAUUCAAACCCGGACACACAAUGCGGAUCCUUGUACUGCUUGUGUGGGUGAAAGCCGCGUGCGUCCUGCUGGUAUCCUCGCUCUCCGGCACUGGGGCAGUGAACAAUAGCGGCCGAUGGUGGGGGAUCGUGAAUGUAGCUUCCUCUGCCAACCUCCUCACCAACUCAAAGAGCGUGCAGUUGGUCCUGGAUCCAAGCCUGGCGUUACUGAGCCGCCGCCAGCGGCGCCUGAUCCGCCAGAACCCCGGGAUUCUGCACGCUAUCGCUGCCGGCUUGCACGCUGCCAUCAAGGAGUGCAAGUGGCAGUUCCGCAACCGGCGGUGGAACUGUCCAACCACGCACAGUCCGGCAGUCUUCGGCAAAAUCGUCAACCGCGGUUGCAGAGAAACCGCAUUUGUGUUCGCAAUCACAAGCGCGGGGGUCACCCACGCCGUGGCCCGGUCCUGUUCUGAAGGAGCGAUCGAGUCCUGCACCUGUGACUACCGGCGCAGGGGGCCUGGGGGUCCGGACUGGCACUGGGGAGGCUGCAGCGACAACGUGGACUUCGGCAGGGUGUUCGGCCGGGAGUUCGUGGACUCCAGUGAGAGGGGACGAGAUCUCCGCUACCUCACCAAUCUGCACAACAACGAGGCGGGGAGAAUGACGGUGUCGUCGGAGAUGCGCCAGGAGUGCAAGUGCCACGGCAUGUCGGGGUCCUGCACGGUCCGCACCUGCUGGAUGCGGCUGCCCAGCCUGCGGGCCGUGGGCGACUUCCUGAAGGACCGCUUCGACGGGGCCUCCAGGGUGGUGUACGCCAACAAGGGCAGCAACCGGGCCUCGCACCGCGCCGACCCGCGCCACCUGGAGCCCGAGAACCCGGCGCACAAGCCGCCCUCGUCCCGCGACCUGGUCUACUUCGAGAAGUCGCCCAACUUCUGCUCCUACAGCGGCAAGACGGGCACGCAGGGCACGUCCGGGCGCAGCUGCAACAGCUCGUCGCCGGGGCUGGACGGGUGCGAGCUGCUCUGCUGCGGCCGCGGGCACCGAACCCGCACCGAGAGGGUGACGGAGCGCUGCCACUGCACCUUCCACUGGUGCUGCCACGUCAGCUGCCUCAACUGCACCAGCACCCAGAUACUGCACCAGUGCCUCUGAGCACCAGUGUCUCUGAGCACCAGCACCCAGAUACUGCACCAGUGCCUCUGAGCACCAGUGUCUCUGAGCACCAGCACCCAGAUACUGCACCAGUGCCUCUGAGCACCAGUGUCUCUGAGCACCAGCACC